CCCGGGCCACUUGGCACCCAGCAGAGUGAGCAGCUGAACAGGACUCUGCAAGGAGGUCUCUUGGAGCCCUCCCGGCCCGUCGCACGCUCCUGGCUGCAUGAUCUUCACGCCUUCCCUCCCACCUGCUGACUGGAAAGUCGAAGACCGUGGAAAAGGUGGUCAGGAGCGUGUUUCGUCGGACACCAUGGGCACCAUGGAGAACACGCCCCGGGGCCCGGGCUGGCCCAGGGAGCUUGCGGGUCUUCAAAGAUCUAGGAGGAGCCGCAUCCAGAGAGUGCUGGCAUGUGUGACCAAGUUCUUCAGAGGGUACCGGGCGCUCUGAAACGGAGACCGCAGAAGCCAUGGAAACGGAGCCACGAACGGGACUGCGCCGAGGCCCUGCUUUCCCAGCAUCUCAGUCGCUGGGGCUCAGAUACAUGCUGGCACGUUGGACUGUUUUUCCUUCCUCGUGUCGGCUGCCACUGUCCUCUGCGUCACUGGGCCCGGGUGCUUCGGCGGCAGGGGCGCGUGGGUGUCCGCCUCGGUGGUGCUGGGACCGUGGAAGGAGGGAGCUAGCAUCUUCCUCAGCCCUGUCAGCCUGAGCACCCUCCUCCUUGAGGCAGUGCUGCGUGCUCCUCCUCGGGGUGGGGGAGGGGAGUGCGUUCCCUGGAUUCCACGCCGGCACCGGUGGAUUGCCCCCAGCUGGCACCUCUGACCCUCACGGGGCACUUGCGUGCAGGAAUGAAGACGCAAUAGCACGUGUCUUCCCCGUGUGCUGUCUUCCCCAGCUUUCAUUGCCCAGCAAGCCUGUGUGGAGCUCCCCUAGGGGAGGCGGGGGGCGUGCCCCGCGAGACCCCGUGUGUCCUGUGAACGGACCCGACGGCCUGUGCUCCCGGCACCCCUUUCCUUCCUCGGGACCAGGACCCUCCACCGGGCUGCCUUGUCUGC